GUGUACGAGUAGAAAGUAGUGCUGGAGCUGAGAAAAGGACGUAAUGUUUGUUUUGAAGAUCACAUGACCUGCAAAUAGUUUGGACCUGUCCAGAGGGGAAUGUCUUACAUGGAAACACUGUCUCAUUUUGAACUGAACUCGGGGGGCGGUAUGGUGCCGGAUUUGGCCCCCCGGCCGCCAGUUGGACGGCCCGGACGUAGCGACAUCGGUGACUCAUUGGCAGUAAUGCAACACACAUCAUUCCAAUUCCGCCUCCUGUGGCAUCUCCGUGGAGACAAAAAGUGAUCAUUAGAGACUUCCAUCACUGGGCAAACACAAACAGCAACAUACAGUCGAGCUCUCGACACGCAGCCUGUGGUUUCUUCCUUUGUUUGACAGUUCUUUGGAAGAUAAGGUGGCUAUUGACACAAUGCUGCGAGGAGAGCAAGAGGAGGAAUAUUUGCGGGACAUCAUUGUGAGCAUUGAACAAGAAGGUGAAUAUGAGGAGGAUCUGGAACACCACAAAGCUGGUGAUGAUCAGGAGCUCUGCAACCAUCUCAUCAAAGCCUGUCGUGAUGGCAUCCCUCAGGUGGUAGAGCGCCUGCUGCAGACUGGGGCUGAUAUGACUCUAUGUGACUCUGCCAAGCAGACAGGACUACACGUCAGCCCCCCGGAGCUCCAGGAGAAAAUACUGGGCUGGAUGUCCAGGCCUCAUUUGCCCCUUCAGACCAGGUUGCUGCAGGCCGCCUGGCAAGGAGACUUGACCACAGUACAGCACCUGCUGGCUCAGGCGGACAAAGUGGACGCCAACGUGCCCAACAGUGAUGGCGUGACUCCACUCAUGCUCGCCAUGCGAGACAUCGACCUGUUUGAAGGCAUGUCUUUGUUGCCAUGGCAACACCGACCCGCGGAAGUGGUCAAAGAACUGCUGAGGCUCUCGGUAGAUUUGUGGGUGCAAGACGACAGCGGCUGGUCUGCCCUCCACUACGCUGCGAACAUCAACAGCCCUCUGAAGGACGAGAUCGCUGGCAUGAUUCUGGAAGCCAUCAGUCUCUCAGAUGCUGGCACCGGGCCGUCCCCGCCUUUGGACCAACAUUUUCACACGGAACUGGGAUGUUUGGACCUUGAGUUGGACCUUGAAAGCCUCACAGAUCAGUCUCCCUCAGGUUCGCCCACUCGGACGCCAACCCAUCAGGACCAGGUUCAACCAUAUAGCCACACCGAGGGGACAUUGGACUAUUACGAAUGUCAACUGGACCAUCAAAACACCUCUAGUCAGGAGGAUAACGAAGAUGAGGGGAGUCCUCACAGUGACCGAAAUGCCAUGGAAACCCUGACAGACCUGAUCCAAGUCUACCAGAACGCCAUGUCAGGCAGCAGAGGAACUUUGCCUUUGCCGAACCUAAGCAACGGUUGCAGACGGCAGAGGCAUUUGGAUCCCGUUCUUCCACCAGGACAGCUGCCUCCGAGAAGCAUCCGCCUUCCUGUACCCCCAAAACACAGGUACACAGCGAGAAAAACGGACGUAAAAUGUUUUGUUGCAGGGUUUUUCUGUAUUCGCAAAGACAGACUACAACCAAUUGUUGAGGCAAACUAAUUUCAGCACAUUUAUUACAAUGUACUUUGUUGAUGAAGAAAAGCCAUAACCCCUUUCCAUUGAACUGUUUUCAUGACAGUGUGGUAAAGAGAGAA